CAUCGCUUUGUGAAAGGCCACAGACGCAGGUAACGUACAUCCAACCAAGGUCUAUAUAAGUACUUGGAAAGGCCUUGCAUGCAACAACACUGUAUAACACUCGUGCGUCGGCGACCAGAGGCUCAGCACAAUGCACGUCUGCGGGAUGUUAAUGGUGUUAUGCGUCGGGAGUUUCUCUUCGACCCGCGCGGACUUGCCGUUGGUCGAUCAGCUGAUGACGGACUACUGGGAUUGGCGAAUCUCUAGCUCUCCCGAAUUCGCUUCGUUUGUCGGCAUCCAUGAUUACGACGAUCAGCUGGACUCCAUGACCUUGGCCGAGUACGAGCAUCGGCUGGCCAAGAGUCACGAGUUUUUGGACCGCGUGACCUCUAUCCUCGAUGUCAACAUGACCUUGUCUCACGCCGACGAGGUGAAUCUGAGGAUACUGAAGGAAGAGGUGCUAACAUAUAUCGAUGGGUAUCCGUAUAUGGGGUUCCUCCUCCCCCUGAGCUACAGCGAGGGCGUGCACGUCGACUUCGAGAGGCUGGUCACGUGGAUGGUCUUCGAGACGGCGGAGGACUACGAGAAGCUUCUGGGCCGCCUUGACCUCCUCCCGCAGCAGCUGGUGGAGGUCGAGGCGCUGAUGAGGGAGGGCGUGGCCAGGGGCGUCGUCCAGCAUGCGAUUACGAUGAAAGGCGUCGGAGAGAGCCUGGGAAGAUUCGUCGUGGAAACAGCUGAAGAAUCGCCCUUAUGGUCCACCUUCACUAGCUUCCCAGACGGAUUCACGGAGGAGCAAAUCCAGAGCUUACAAGAACGCGCGCGAAACGUUAUUACCUCAAAAGUUUCGCCGGCGUUCGAGACUCUCAAGAACUACGUGACCCAAGAAUAUGUCACCCGCCCCGAUAUUGCCGUUACGAGCUUGCCCGAUGGAAUACAACGUUAUGAUCAGCUCUUGAAAUUCCACACCUCGACCAAUCUGGGCGUGGCUGACAUCCACCAACUCGGUCUGGAUGAAGUCACGCGUAUUGAAGGAGAAAUGGCGAAGGUCAUCGAAGAACUCGGCUACGACCUGAGCGUGCCUGAGUUCUCGGCCAUGAUUCGAAACGACUCGAACUUCUACCUGAACGACGCGGACGAAAUGAUGGCUUACUUCGAACGCCUGAGUUACGAAGUGAUUCCUCCUGAACUCUCCAAGGUGUUCGUAAACCUGCCGGAGACGGAGCUUCAGUUGGUGGCAAGACCCUCUCCCGACGGCACGGCUGCCUUCUACCUGACGGGAUCCUACGACGGGUCUCGGCCUGGCAUCUUCUACGUUAACACUUAUUUCUACGAUAAACAGCCGACCUACGAGAUCAUGACCCUUUCCCUGCACGAGGGCAACCCGGGUCACCACCUGCAGGGGUCUCACAGCCUCGAAUCCUCCAGCAUGCCCUUCUUCAGGAGGGUCAUGGAAGACAGGAACUACUACCAGGCCCCCUCCAGGUUCCCCAUGAACACCGGCUUCCUCGAGGGAUGGGGGCUCUAUUCCGAGAGUCUUGGCUUCGACUUGGGCCUCUUCGGGGAUCCCUACGACAGGUACGGACAUUAUUCCUUCGAGAUCUUCAGAGCUUGCCGUCUGGUGGUGGACACGGGCAUUCACGCCCUUGGCUGGACUCGUCAGGAGGCCGUUGACUUUAUGACGCAACACUCUGCCCUGUCUCUCAAGAACAUAGAGAACGAGGUCGACCGCUACAUCACCCAGCCGGGUCAGGCAGUCGCUUACAAGGUCGGCCAGCUGACCAUUUCCAACCUGCGGGCCAGAGCUGCCGCCGAGCUCGGAGAGGCCUUCGAUGUCCGCAAGUUCCACGACCUUGUGCUGGACUCAGCGGGACCUCUAGUCCUCCUGGAGGAGGAGGUCAAUGCCUGGAUAGCUGCUGGAGGGGGAAAAUGAGGAAGGGAAAUCUUAAUGGCGAUUUUAUUGACACUUCUUAUCUUUUUUAACGCGGUCUACCCCUUUCAUUUCUAAUUCUGAAAAAUCUACUCUACAGAGAUAAUGUGUACCUAUAUAUACAACACAUCUAUUUACACACACGCACAUACAAAACACACAUGCACAAACAUAUGCACACACACACACGCAAAACCACAUGUAUAUGACAUGGUAGUGAAACUAAAAGCGUUUUAAGCAGGGAACGGUACAGCGCUUGGCAAGAAUUCUUGCCAAGAGCUCCCCUGCUUAAAACGCUUUAAGUAUCAUAAAAAUGAGUGUUGAAGUUUAUUAAACAAAAAGUUAAGUUUGGACAUUUGGAAAUCAAACAUUAGCAAACCUUUAUAAAUAAAAGAAGAAUAUAUGAAAUGAACAUUGCAUAAUAAUUUUAGUUAGAAAGAAAAAUUAAGAUUUGGCUCACAAGAAUAAAGACAUUGAAGGGA